UUGUUGUUGUUUUGGUUUUUUUCUUGCAGCUGGGUUUUUUUGUGGGAGAAGGGCUACCAGGAAACUGACUCUGUGGUCAGUUCGGUAACCACAAAGGUGAAAGGAGUGACGCUGACGAACACAUCCACCUUGGGAGCCAGGAUCUGGGAUGCAGCUGAUUAUGUCAUCCCUCCUCAGGAGGAGAACGCUGUGUUCGUCAUGACCAAUGCGAUACUCACACUGAACCAGAGCCAAGGCCGCUGCCCAGAGCUUCCAGAUGAUGAAACAGAGUGCAAGGCAAAGAACGACUGUGUUCCAGGAUAUGUCAGCACUCACAGCAAUGGCAUCCAGACUGGGGAAUGCGUACCGUACAACAGCAGCAUUAAGACCUGUGAGGUCUUUGCAUGGUGCCCUGUGGAGGAUGACUAUCAUAUACCCAAGCCAGCAUUCCUUCAAGAAGCUGAGAACUUCACCCUUCUGGUGAAGAACAACAUUUGGUACCCCAAGUUCAACUUCAGCAAGCGAAACAUCCUCCCCACUAUCAACUCCACCUACCUCAAGAACUGCAUCUAUGACUCCCAGACAGAUCCCUUCUGCCCUAUCUUUCGUUUAGGGAAAAUAGUUGAAGCUGCAGGGCAGAACUUCCAGGAAAUGGCUGUGGAGGGUGGAGUCAUGGCGGUGCAGAUCAACUGGGACUGCAACCUUGACAGAGCUGCUUCCCACUGUGUGCCAAAGUACUCCUUCCGGCGCCUCGACAACAAGGACUCUGCCCACACCGUCUCGCCUGGCUACAACUUCAGGUUUGCAAAAUACUACAAGGGUGGUGAAGGCACUGAAUCGCGGACACUCGUCAAAGCUUAUGGCAUCCGCUUUGAUAUCAUAGUGUUUGGAAAGGCAGGGAAAUUUAAUGUAAUUCCUACCAUGAUUAACAUCGGCUCUGGCUUAGCACUGUUUGGCGUGGCAACAGUGCUGUGUGACGUUGUUGUCCUGUAUUGCAUGAAGAAGAGAUACUACUAUCGGGAGAAGAAAUACAAAUAUGUGGAGGAUUAUGAACUGGGAGUUGGUGAGACAUACGGAACAAACUCCUGACCUCGGGCUG